AUGGCGGCGCCGCUCCGCUCCCGCGCUGCCCUCGCGCUGCCCUGGCCGGAAGUGACGCCGAGAGAAACGGCGGGAGGGGAGGGAGGGGCCGAGGCGGAGCGGCCGCUCUGGCCGCGCCUCUCGAUGCCGCCCCUCCUCUCCCCCCCCACGUGCCGCCCCCCCCGCCCGUGUCCCCCCCUCUCCCCGGCUCAGCCAAUCAGCGGUGGGAGGCGUGGCGGUGGCGGGGGGAGGGGGCGUGGCCCGGGGGACGGGGGGCGGGAGGGGUCAGUCCGCGAUCAGCUGCGGGAGCGCGGGGAGAUGCCGCUGGCCCGCAGUGUGUCCGUGAGUUCCCUCCCGGGGUUGGAGGACUGGGGGGGUCCCGGAGCCCCCGACAACGUCGUGCUCUUCGAGGUGGCCUGGGAGGUGGCCAACAAAGUGGGGGGGAUCUACACAGUUCUCCAGACCAAGGCGCGGGUGACGGCGGACGAGUGGGGCGAGAGUUACGUGCUGGUGGGGCCCUACGUGGAGAGCUCGGUGAGGACCCAGGUGGAGCUGCUCGAGCCCCCCCAGCCCGCCCUGCGCCGCACCCUCGCCGCCAUGAACGCCCAGGGAUGCAAGGUGGGCACCCAGGGAUCCCCACGGG